UGCCAUCUGCCAAUAAAUUAACAGAAGAAGAAGAACUGUAGCGACUUUUAAUAAAGUUUUAGAAAAAAAAACAGCUUUCCAUACUGUAACGAAAUGUGGUGACCCCAGAUGUGCAGUACAAUGGAGUCAGAGAGUGGACAAGAAUUAACUGCGAAAUGUAAUGUUACACCAAGACAAGGGGGCGUAACUGCUCGGAGGACUCUGCGAAGGACACCAAUCUCUGGAGAUAGAAGAGUCCAUUCCAGUUUCAAAUCUCCUGUGCAGAGCACCUCUGCAUCAGGGUCCCAUGCCUCACCAGAGAGAGAGGUGGAGGAGCUGAAGAGGAAGAGGGAUGAGCUGGAUUCUGAGAUCGCCCUGCUGCGGAAUGAAGGGAUGGAGAUUCAGGAGCUGGAUCAGCAUAUUGACCUGCUGCAUGAGUACAAUGAUAUGAAAGACAUUGGACAGACACUGCUGGGACAACUGGCCACCCUGCGAGGAGUGACCACUCGGGAUUUGUACGGCCUCUUCGACCUGGAGCUGGAUGACUAAGGACACGGAGACGGAGGACACAGAGCGCCCUCUCCAUUCCUCUCCUCCAGGGGGGCAGUGGUGACCAAGCAUGGGCCAAGAAUCCCAGAAUGGGAAGUGGGAAUCCCUCUGAACCAGGGGAGGCAGCCCUUCUGCCCGGUUGUCUACAUCAACAGUUCAGUGUUACUGACAGAUGGUUGAAAGUUACUGUCAGUUUCAUGUGUGGUGCCUUAUCAAAACUGAAAGGCUGUUUUUGUUUUGUUUGUUUGUUUUCUCCAAUGCAUUUGGACUGUCAAAAAAUUAACACUUUAAGGAUAGUGGACUCUCAUUUAAAUUGAGAUUGUGAUGUGAGCGUGGAGAGUAACAUUUCUGGACAUCCAAAGCCUUUUGUGGGCAGCUUGAAAGGGUAAAGUAUCUUUGGCAUGUUCCCGUCCUGUCCUUCCUCACAUUGUGCUUCUGGAGAGGAAGAGGAAGGAGAUGGUUGCAUUAGAGGAUGUUUGAAGAACGGCGCUGUGUUUUGGUGUGUGGAUGAAGUUCACUCUAGCCUAUUAGGUUAUUGUUGGGAGUUUUGGUAAAAAAUGUAAAAGAUCUGUGUAUAUAGUUUUAUGUUCUAUCAAUAAACUGUUUGUUUUGCAGUC